AUGACUUCUAGAAAUUAUGAUUGGACAGGUAUUUCUUCAAUUAAUAAAAAUAGAUUGGUUAUCUAAUUUGUUUAUGGGAGGUAUGUAAUUCUAAACAAAACAUCAUUUAUUUCCUUAAAUUCCUUUUUAUGGAUGA